CAGCUUGGCAUGAAGCUAGGGACAUUGGGAUUUCUAGGCAUUCCCCGUGUUGACUUCAUGUCACGUAAUUUCAAUAUUUCCUCUGGUCUCAUUGUAGGAGAGAUUUCAGCAAAAUGUGAUGCUGAGAAGCUUGGCAUUAGGGCAGGGGAUGUUAUUUUUUCAUGUCAGAAAAAACGUGUUUCAAGUAUUGUUCAGCUGGAAGAUGUGCUGUUGGGUGUUGGUGCGGAACAUCUUGAGAAGAGCAAUGAUCUCAGCUCUAAAGUUGAUGUUGAGAUUGGUGUAUUUCAUGUGCGCAAAUGCAAAAAGGUUGACAUUAUUUUAAGAGUAGAGUUGUCAGAUCGUCUUGAAGUUUUUCACUCAGUUGCAGAUGAUGAAGAUGCCAAGGCAGUAGGAAUCAAGGGAGAGGAAGCACUGGCAUCAGCUGCAGGCGAAGCAAAGCCAUGAAGAAUGUGGAGCGGUGAUGGGGAUCUCAAGGUCCGCCUCGUCCUUCAUCCUAAGCAUGGCACUCAGAAGGUCUUCAUCUCCUGUCUUCUUGCCCUCCUCUUGCCGUGCCUCGUGCUCACUGAUGAUCUUUUCAAACACGCCGUCGAGCUGCCGGCGCGCUCUCCUCAGCCGGCCUCUCAGUCCAGUGACGACGUCCACAAACCACAGCGACGGGAAGAGGUCUGCGGCGCAGAAACCAGACCCCUCCGUCACCGCCACGUUGACGACCGACAUGAACUGUUCCUGGAGCUCACCGCCGCACAGCUGCCCAAGCGUCGCCUUCCAGGUGAUGGCGAUCGAGCACGGCACAAGCAGCCUUCCGAGGUUCACCGGCUCACCUCCCUCUCCGGCCGUGCCAACGUUCCUGAUCAGGGCAAGCGUCUCUCUGUCCCGGAGAGGUGCCAGCUGCCGCACCUUGUGCGCGCCAAGGAGGACGGUCAUGCACAGCUUGCGCAGCUUCCGCCAGUACACGCUGUGUGGCGCGUAGGCGAGGUCCAUUCCGUCGAGGAUGAUAUCCGUGGCGAGCAUCUUCGGCCGCGACGCGAAGAUCAGGUCCUUGUCCCGGAGCACCUCCUGCGCCACCGCCGGUGAGGAGAUCACCACCGUGUCGACGUGGCCCAGCCGCAGGUACAUCACCGGGCCGUGCUUCCUGGCCAGGUCCCAAAGAGCGACCUGCGGCUGCGAGGUAACGAGGUGGAGGAGGUUCCCGAUAAACGGGAGACACCGUGGACCGGGAGGCCGAUUCUUCUUGGAAUCAUGUGAAGGUUUGCGGUGGAGUAAGUACACAAGGAUCACCAACGAAAUCAGAGAGAGGAAGAGGACGACUAUGGCUGCGCUUACCUCCAUGUUUCAGCUUUGCAUGGUAAUAAGAACAAGAUUUGAUGGUGAUUUAUAGGCCUUGCCAUGGCAUGCAUGUUAAUUUGAUGGCGAUUUAUAUGCCUUGCCAUGUCAUAUUUGAUGGCUAUUUAUCAGAACACGAGGAUAUUCCUCCACAACAUUCCGCUCAACUUGUGUCAGCUACAUUGUUGCACUACUAUACUAAGUUAACAGCUCUCUUAUGCUACGUGCCAGGAAGAACAACAAAAUUUGAUGGCGAUUUAUAAGCCUUGCCGUGUCAUGUUUUUUCUUGCCUAGCAUCUUGCAACUACUGUGAGCUACACUCCGCUCACCUAGUGUCAGCUGCUACAUUAUUGCUGGUAUAUUAUAUGAACUUAGUAACGUCUAACUCCUCUAUUAGGCCAGAGCACUACAUGUCAAUGUCAUUGCAUCGCGAUGCAAACCAAAUUUUGGGGAGAACUUGUCGCCACAUGUACAAGG